AUGCUUUCCUUUGAAACGUUGUCUUUGGCCAGCAGCCGCUCCUCCUCCUCGUCGGGGACGCUGUCCAGCUGCCUGUCGGUGCGUGAUUCUGAGGUCAGUCGUUUGGCUUCGCAGCUUCAGGGUCUUCGUUUGCUGAGCAAGGAGGUUUUCGCUGAUCUUGCCACCUGGCUGCCUGAACCUUCCAAAGGGUUCCCCUUGAACAGCCAGUACGCAGGGGCCUUCGAUGCUGAGGAGGUUGAGAAUCUGAAGAGCAAGGCAGGUUCCCAAAAAACGGCGGCCGAGACGGAGGACCUGGACCCGGACUUGAUCGAAGCUUACGUGCCGACCCGGUGUUUCAGUGAGGGCCCCCUAGUUGUGACCAUGGUUGUGUCUGAGCUGCUCGCGAUGCGGGCCCCGCCUGUCCUUAUGCUUAUCGUCAUCAUGCUGAUGUGGUACCCUCGUGCACAGCGUGUUCAGGACCGGGACUUCGUCGAGCUGUUUUGCGGUAAGAUGGAGGCAGGACUCCGCGGCACCUCCCUCAACAUCGAGCUGGAUCCGCACACGAUGGAUUUCCUCAAGCCGGCAGGCUUCUGGAACUACACGAGGAGCUUUGGUGAAUUCCUGGCUGGUGCCUUCCUACGCAUCCGGUCUGAGCCCUUCUUUCCUCAGAACCGCCUCCCGGGCUUGGGAAGUGAUGCUCUACGAAAAUCCGAUUACGAGCUCUUCGUGCAGGAGUGCCUGUCGGAGCCGGGCAUUAAUGGAUUGGGGGAUCUCUGGGCUGAUGCUUGUUUUAGCAGUUUCAGCUUGUGCUUGUGCGCAAUGGGAAAGAAGUCCACGGCAAGCCCGCCGGAGGUGGCUGAUGUUAUGGCUAUGCUGCAAUCCAAGGGAUUGCUUAAGCGUGGCCCCGAAGCAGCUGCUGAGCCUUCUAAGAAGCCUAAGACAGCUAAAGUGAAGCCGACCCCGAAACCCGAAGAGGAGCCCAAGGUUGAGACCCGAGCCCGGACCAAGCGCAAACCCGCCGAUGCAGAAGCAACGCCCGAUGAUGAGAAGCCCCCCACCAAGAUCGGGAAACCCGGCAAGGGCGGAAAGCAGGAGAAACCCAGCAACCCCGUCAAGGAGCAGAAGAAACCCAGCAAGGAGCAUGCGCAGCCCCAGGAAAAGCCCAGCAAGGAACAGUCCCAGCAGGAGAAACCCAGCCUUAAGGAGCAGCCCCAGGAAAAGCCCAUUAAGGGACAGUCCCAGCAGGAGAAACCCAGCAAGGAGCAGCCCCAGCAGAAAACCAGCAAGGGACAGUCCCAGGAGAAACCCAAGGAGCAGCCCCAGCAGAAAACCAGCAAGGGACAGUCCCAGGAGAAACCCAGCAAGCCCGGCAAGCAGAAGAAACCAAGCAAUGAUGAGCCCCAGGAUCCCCCCUCCGAGGAUGCGGCAUCUGACGAUGAGGAGCUGGGUCCUUUCGUAGAGUUUCCACCUAAAGAGCCGUUCGGUGACCAGUUCUUCGAGACGGGGCUGAACAUGCUUGUGAGCUGGAACAACUUGGAUGAUGUGUGGCGAGCUUGCAAAGCUCAUGACAAGCCGAUGUACAAAGACAUGCAGUACGAGGUCCCGGAGAAUGACCUUGCUGGUGAGGAGAGGCACCCGGGCCCUGUGUUGGAGGACAAGUCCCUUCAACAAACAGAGGAGCAAGAGGAGUCUGAGGAAGGUGAGGACGAGGAGCAAGACGACCAGGAAGGGGAGGAGGAGGAAGCAGAAGAGGAUGAGGAAGAGGAAGAGGAGGAGGAAGAGGAAGCAAAGGAACCUAGGGAUCCUAGCACUGCGGGCCCUCGAGCAGCCAAGCCAGCCAAGCCAACGGCUGAAACCGCAAGCCCGAAGACCAACACGUGGAAUGGCAUCCCCAGCCCUGCAACGAAGGAGAAAGCCCAGACCGAGAGCCCCAAAGAGGUGAAGCCACUUGACCUGAACCACAAGUUCAAUCGUGUCCGGCGGUCGAAGUCCGAGCAGCCCCCGUCCCUGAGUACUUUGGUGCUGGGUGCCCACCUGACCGAUGAGCAGGCAUACCAGGAUCACCCGGCCUCGUUGGUUAAUGAGGGUGUCGGGGAGGACCCGGCCUAUGAAGGGUGUCAUGCACUGCAGUUAUUCUACGGACCUUCUGUCACGUUGCUGAGUGCUUCUCAAACUGGCAGCGACAGCGAUCUACGAAGUCUCGUGAGCACGAUGCAGACAGAGAUCACUAGGCUGAAGGCCAUGCUGCAGGAUGCGAAGUCGGCCGCCCCGGCGGCACCGCCUGCCCCAGCCUCGUUGAAGCUCGAGGCGAAGGAGGAGCCGGGAGGGGAGGAUGAGGAUGGGGAGGAGCAUGAAAGCGAGGAGGGGGAUGAAAACCACGAAACCCCACCGCCAAAGGACAAACCGCCUGCCGAAACCUCCGUGGCCAAGACCAGCAAGAAGGCUCCUAAGGGGCCCAACUCAUCGACCCACCGGGCUCAAUGGAUGAAGUUCGGUCGGCGAAUGGACAGCCAGGGCUCGGAGUUCCCCGAAAUGACUAAGCUGUGGUCCGGAACCAAAGAGGAAACCUGGCUCUCUGCUGGUGAACAGCACGAAGUGUUCGCGAAGUGGCUCGAGCAGGGCGAGAACAUGAACAACACGGAGGCCCAGCUGAUCAUCAAGAAGACGAAAUCGGCCGAGGUGAAGGGUGGCUAUGAGGAGCUCACCGUGAAGGAAAUGGUGGCGAAAGGAUUCAGUGCGACCAAGAUCGAAAGCAUUGUCAGAAAGGGUGGAACCCCUGAUGCCGAUGCCCCUCACUGCCUCGAAUCCAUCGUUUACCUCUGCCGGAAGAAGAAGAACGUGGAAGAGUCCGAGAAGGUUGAACAGACCGGGGAAAUCAAGGCUCGGACGAAGCCCAGUGCCAAGGCUCUGGCCCCGUUGAUGAAGUUGAACGGAAUGCCGGGCCCUGGAACGACCUCGAGCGCCGCCGAUGCGGCUUUGCAGCUUGCUGCGAACGCUUUUGCUGUGGGAUCGGGUGACAAUGCCGCCGCCCCCAAAAAGACCGCAAAAGGCAAGGCCAAAGCCAAGGCAAAAGCCUUGAUCCAAACGCCCAAGACGAUCAAAGAGCUUGUGGAUGAAUGCCGCAAAGAGCUGAAGAAAGAGUACAAUGCCGCCAAUAUUUGCUACGACCUGCCGAAGGACCAUGCUUUGCGGACGGAAAUGGAAGGGAGAAAGGGCGAUCUGGAAACCGCCAUGGAUGAGCUGAGGGAUGUGGCGGAUGAUGAUGUCGAGGACUUCGUUGAGGUCGAAAGCACCAGGAUGGUGCGAGCACAAGUUCGUGCCGUGGCAGCUGAGCUCCAGCGCAAAGCAGCUGCUGCCGAGUCGAAGUAG